AUGCUAUUCGCGAAGGCCGACGACGCGGAGCGCAGUGGGGCGGGCGCGAGCCUCAACGUUGUGCGGCUCUUCUUUACCGCGGCGAUUCUCUUUGAUGCAACGGCGCAGUUCACCGACGACGGCGAGCUCGACCCCGUCGCGGCGGAGAAGCGCAACUACGCGCGCUACAUCGCGGUGCGCAUGAAGAAGGCGCUCGACAGCGGCACGCCGUACAUGAGCCCCAACGCGGCCGAGCACCCGCUGCAGCACUACGCCAACGAGGAGGAGGAGGAAGAGGAAGGGGGGCAUGGAGAGGAGGGCGGCGGCAACGCACCGCAGCACAUCUCCACGCAGCCACCGUCAGCGUUCAUACCGCGCUAUCAGCCACCAGCGGCAGGUGGAACGAGCAGCAACAAGGAGGACGCGUACGCCCCGCCACCUGCGGUCGGGCCAUCGCCGAAGUUGCACACUUCGUCACCGUCACCGCAGCCGCAGCCAGCGUCAAUGGGUGGUGGUGGUGGUGGUGACAUGAACCGCCACAGUCAGCUGCCACAGCGGCACCAGCAGCAGGGGAAAAACUCGCCAGCGCCACCGGCCCUUUCGAACCCCAGCCCGCCUGCCUAUGCGGUGCCGGCCUCACCACCACAUGCGACUUACUGCGGCGGUGGUGGUGGCGGCGGCGGCGGCGGCGUUGCUGCAGGCGCACCGUCGAUUGAUGCGAUGAUCACCGCGCAAAAGCAUGCGAAACAAGCGGUCAGCGCACUGCAGUUCUACGACCACGCCACCGCGCGAAAGGAACUCCUGGCUGCUCUAAGUCUACUCAAGGAGACAUGA